AUGCAUUCUCGCGCAGGCUUGGCUUAUUCCUGGUCCAGUAUUAUAGAAUGGGCUAAGAAGAACAUCGUCGACAACCAUCUCUCCGAAAAUCCUUCCUCCUAUGAAUUCGAGAUCGUCAUGUCCCGCUGGUGGAAGAACAACUGGAAAGGAAGCGACAAGGCAUGCUGGACUACGUUCUGUGGAAUCGGCUGGGCUCGUGUCUCGAAGGGUAAUAAAGCUGAAGAGUCCUUAGGAACAUACUGCGAGGCACCUAGUCUCCGCCCUACGUGUACUCGGGCGAUCUACAAUGUCGGCGUUGCAUACCUCAACAUCGGAGCCCACAAGGAAGCUGUGGAGCAUUUUUAA